AGAGAGAAAGAGACGGAAAGAGCGCUUUUCCAAAAGCCGAGAUUCAAAAAUAAGCGUUUGAUUUUAACUAUUCAUGUCACAAAGCUAACAAUAAAUGCGGAUUAUUCAUUCGGUUUAUUUAUUACUUAAUUAUUUCAUUCAAAACUAAACCGGCUGAAUAAAAUCACAGGGUUAUUAGAAAAAUCGAAGUGCGUUAAAUGUCAAGGACGACGGAAAAGCCACAACAAAAAGGAAAACUACAACGAGCGAGAGAGCAACAACUAGGAAAGUUGUAAAGAAAACUGAGAAAAAAUUGGAAAAACUGAGGAAAACGGAGGAAAAGCCGUGAACAUGUCGAAUCCGGUGCACGGCAGACCGCCAAAUAAUUCGGGCUCCUCCGCUUCAUCCUCUUCGUCCGCCUCCUCGCCAAUUUCGGUAACCGUGCAGCCCGGGAAUGCUGGAAACAGCUCCUCAUCCUCCUCCUCCUCCUCUUCGUUGGGCGGUGGAAUCCUCAAAGAGAAGGUGGGACUGCCGCCGGUCUAUCUGAACCUCAAUGAUAAUGCCAAGGAUCAAAACCCAUCCUCCUGUUCGCCUCUGCAGAACUGGGACGACACCCGCACCGCCGACGUCUGGCUGUCCUCGCUGCACAGCGUCAUCUUCAUCAUCACCUGCGCCCUGGCCGCCUUUAUCCUGUUCCGCAACGUGCUCACCUGGCAUCUGCAGAGCUUUUGGGGCGCCUCCGGGGAUUUCUGGCAGUCGCAGUGGGACAAAUUCAUCGACUCGUUCGGUGACGAACCCAUGGUGCUGUGGGUAUUUGGCACCACCAUUUUCACGAUGAUCGUCUACUGGACGGUGGGCACACUGUACACCUUCAUGGAUCUGACCAAUCGGCCCGCCUGUCUGCGCAAGUACAAGAUCCAGCCGGGCACCAAUGAGCCCGUGGAAGUCCGUCGUCUGCUGAAGGUGAUUUGGUGCGUGGUCUGCAACCAGAUAUUCGUGGGCAUACCCCUGGCCUACGCCAGCUACCGCCUAAUGGAGAUCCGCGGACUGAGCGACAUCCGCGACCUGCCCACAUUCCACUGGGUCUGUUUCGAGCUGACCGUGUGCAUCCUGAUGGAGGAACUGGGAUUCUACUACUCGCACCGCCUACUGCACCACAAGCACAUCUACAAGUACAUCCACAAGCAGCACCACGAGUGGACGGCCCCCAUCUCGGUGACGGCCAUCUAUUGCCAUCCCAUCGAGCACAUCUUCAGCAACCUGUUGCCGCCCUUCCUGGGCGUCUUUCUCAUGGGCAGCCAUGUGGCCACCGCGUGGCUGUGGUUCGCCCUGGCGAUCCUCUCCACUCUCAAUGCCCAUUCCGGCUACCACUUGCCGUUCUUUCCCAGUCCCGAGGCGCAUGACUUUCACCAUCUGAAAUUCAACAACUGUUUCGGCGUGCUCGGAGUGUUGGAUCGGCUCCAUGGCACCGAUUCCCUUUUCCGGGCCACCAAGUCGUAUGCGCGACACAUCAUGAUGCUGAGCUUCAAGCCGCCACGCGAUGCUUUCCCAGAUCCGACCAUGAAGUGAGCAGACAAAGUCCAAGCAUUCCUCAAUCUGUGUAUACAAAUUUCAAUUGUGAUAUGACAAGGCAGAUCCUAUUUUGUACACCUCAUAUGUAGACGUCGUUGUGCAGAUCCCUAGAACCCUGCACCCGCGAGCACCGCUCCCAGAGCGAAUCCCCCACAAAUGUUAAUCGAGUCGAAUAAAGCGUAAAUGUAAAUGUAUAGACAAAAGU